GUCUCCAGUCUUCUGGUAAGUCCUUGUUUCGGUGAAUCCUACUGGAAAUGGAUCCUUCUGAAACUGAACCACGCCCAGAGUUAGAACUGGGACUCUUGGGUGGCGUGGCAUGGCAUGUCUAUGGCUUGGCAUGGGUGGAGCCUGAAACCUCAGAGAUUUCCCAGAACCUCUGCAGCUCAGGGAAGAGGAAGUCAAUAGCCAAAGUUCACCUGCAGAGAGGAGCAGUGGCAGUGGGGUCCCUGCCCGCUCUGCAGUGGGGAGCCACGCUGCCAUGGUGACCUUUGAGGAGCAGACAGCCUGUAUCGUGGAAGCCUUGUUCUUUGAUCUCACAGAAGAUGACACUGACUGCAGGAGCCUGGAGACAGACUCGGGAGUGGCCGUGUCGCAGUCUGGGCCCCCAACCACGUUUGACCCGGUGCUGAUCGCCAGCUGCCUGCGGCAGAUAGCGGACCGCUGCAACGUGGAUUUCGAAAGGGUUUCCUCACAGCCUCUUGCUGAAGUGCUCCAGGGAGAGACAGAGAAGUUUGGGGCUGCCGUGGAAUCUAUCAGCAGGAGCUGGAGUAAACAGAACCCUGAGCUGGCCUAUGAGAUAGCUUUUCUCUCUGUUUCUGUGAAACUGCUAAUAUAUGUUGUUAAGAAAACAUCAUUUGUGAUCCGCCCCAACCAACUCACAGACGUGAUCAACGGAAACCGUCAAGUGAGGAACUACAUCGAGGCCCGUGGUGGAUGGGAGAACUUGGACAGAUGAGAGAAAGGGCUGUACCACUUUCCAGAAGGUCAAUGCUGUUCUCUCUUCUGGAGACUGCAAAGAAAACUCCACAUAACAACAUGUAAAAGAGAUCCUGCAGCAGCAGAAACAAAA